GAAUGGUUAAGACCUCUUAUCUGAAUUGAUCAGACAUUUGCCUCUGAAUAGUUAAGCAAUAUACUAGCUCUUAAUGGUUCAGACCUCUUACUGGUUCAGCACUUAAUGGUUCAGACCUCUUACUGGUUCAGCACUUACCGAUUCAGAAGUUGCCAAACAGCCCCUUAGACUUAAACUUUUUUAUUCUCUAAAUAAGACUUAAUAAUGUCUAGUGGGAGGAAUAAUGUCCAAUAAUGAUGGACAUUUACUUGAAUAAUGAUUAAUUGAUAAUGACCAAAGAAAAGAAGUGGGUAUGUACUAUGUAGUCCAACCCCAUGCCAUCACUCAAAAAGCCCAAAGCCCCAAAUAAAAACAUUCUUUAUUUUCCCACGCAUAUAUAUAUAUAUAUAUAUAUAUAUAUUCGUCUCCCCCACGUCUUUCUUUCCUUCUUCCCAUUCCCCCCACCCAAAACGCGCACUUAUCCAAUCCAUUUCUUCCCAUUCUUCCCAACGGAAUCCAUCCAUCCACCCCAUCAAAUCCAAUCAGUAUAAUAAUGUUGGAAAGGAAAGGGCGGCGCAAUGUUAUUAAUAAUGUGUCCUUCUCCCGGCGGCCGGCAAUAGUACUGGUGGUGGUCUGCUGCCUUGCCUUUGGGCCGCUCCGGACCACCGGCGCCGCCGCUCAACCACCGAACAUUAGCAGAGCAAGUUUUCCCGAUGGAUUUGUUUUUGGAACUGCUUCUUCUGCUUACCAGUAUGAAGGUGCUGUGAAGGAAGAUGGAAGGGGGCAAUCCAUAUGGGACACCUUUGCUCAUACAUUUGGAAAAAUAGCUGAUUUCAGUAAUGCUGAUGUUGCUUUAGAUCAGUAUCAUCGCUACGAAGAGGAUGUCAAACUUAUGAGUGACAUGGGAAUGGAUGCCUAUAGAUUUUCUAUUUCUUGGCCAAGAAUUUUCCCCAAUGGAGUUGGAGAAAUCAAUCAGGCUGGGGUUGAUCACUACAACAAGCUCAUCAAUGCUUUACUUGCAAAGGGAAUUAAACCAUAUGUGACUCUUUACCAUUGGGACCUUCCUCAAGCACUAGAAGACAGAUACAAUGGCUGGCUCAGCCCACAAAUCAUAAAUGAUUUUGCAGCAUAUGCAGAGACUUGUUUCCAGAAAUUCGGUGACCGGGUGGAUCAUUGGAUAACCAUCAAUGAGCCACACACCAUUUCUGUCCAGGGGUAUGAUGUGGGCCUUCAGGCACCCGGGCGGUGCUCCAUAUUCCCUCGUUUCAUCUGCAAGGCGGGGAACUCUUCAACUGAGCCUUACAUUGUGGCUCACAACUUGAUCCUUGCCCAUGCCACCGCAACCGAUAUCUACAAAAGGAAAUAUCAGCCAAGACAACAAGGAAAGAUUGCGAUUUCAUUGGACAGUUUCUGGUAUGAACCCCUAACGAACUCUGCUCAAGACAUUGAAGCCCGACAAGUAACACUUGACUUUAAAUUAGGCUGGUUUCUUGAGCCUCUAAUCAAGGGGGACUACCCUAGCUCGAUGAAGAGCAGGGUAGGGGAUCGGCUGCCUCAGUUUUCUGCAGCUCAAUCUGCCCUUGUGAAGGGCUCUUAUGACUUCAUCGGUGUAAAUCACUACACAACAUGGUACGCGAGCAAAAACAAAACCAACAUUCUCGAAAUGCUCCUCCACGACUUCAUUGCUGACGCUGGCUCUCUUACUCUCCCAUUCAAAGGCCUGAAACCAAUAGCAGAUAAGGCGAGUUCGAUAUGGUUGUACAUAGUCCCUCAUGGAAUGAGAAGCUUACUGAACUACAUUAAGGAUAACUAUGGGAACCCUCUAGUGAUGAUCACUGAAAACGGGAUGGAUGAUGCGAAAGGGGACGGGGUAAAAGACGAUAAGAGAAUCAAGUACCACAAUGACUAUCUGACCAACUUGUUGGAUGCAAUCAAAGAUGGGUGCAAUGUGAAAGGGUAUUUUGCCUGGUCAUUAUUGGAUAACUGGGAAUGGAGUGCUGGGUUUUCUUCAAGAUUUGGUCUUUAUUAUGUUGACUAUAAACACAACCUGACAAGAAUUCCUAAGGACUCUGUCAACUGGUUCAAGAAUUUCCUGCAUGCUUGAUUCUUUAUUAAUUAUUACUACAGCAAGGGUAUGAUUGUAAACCCCACCCAAGAAGAUAAUUAGGAUGAUUUCAAUCCUUUUCACAUUCAAGAUUUUCUAUGUAAAAGAAGAACUAUUGGUUGUUAUUCUAUAUCCAUUCCCUUUAUUAUUCAUACAAAAUUUCCUUUAUUCCUUUAUCCAUUGUCUGACCCUUG